AUGGGUGAGGCGAAGUUGGAACCCGACGCUAUCUUCAGCUACAAUGCUUGCAUCAGCGCGUGCGGGAAAGGCGAGCAGUGGCAGCGGGCCCUGUCGCUGCUCAGCGAGUUGCGGGAGGCGAAGUUGCAGCCCAGCGUCGUCAGCUACAGCGCCGGAAUCAGCGCGUGCGGGAAAGGCAAGCAGUGGCAGUUGGCUUUCGCGCUGCUCAGCCAGAUGGGGGAGGCGAGUCUGAAUCCCAACGUCAACAGCUUCAACGCUGCGCUCAGCGCCUGCAGAAAGAGCGAGCAGCGACACCACGUUCGGGCGCUGCUCGGCGCGAUGCGGGAGGCGACGGUGAAGCCCGACGUCAUCAGCUACAACGCCGGGAUCAGCGCCUGCGAGGCAGGCGAGCAGUGGCAGCUGGCCCUGUGGCUGCUCCUCGACAUGCCGGGCGCGAGGGUAGAGCCUAACGUCUCUCAGCUACAACGCAGGGAUCAGCGCUUGCGAGAAGAGCCAGCAGUGGCGGUGGGCUUUGGCGCUGCUCGGAGAGAUGCGGGAGACGAAGCUGGAGCCCAACGUUAUAUCUACAGCGCUGGGGUCAGCGCGUGCGAGAAAUGCGAACAGUGGCAGCGGGCCCUGGCACUGCUCAGCGAGAUGCGGAAGGCGAAGUUGGAGCUCAACGUCAUCCUCACUACAGCGCUGGGAUCAGCGCGUGUGAGAAGGGCCGGCAGUGGCAGCAGGCGCUUCCUUUGCUCAGUGAGAUGUCGGCGACGAAUUUGGAGCCGAAUGUGGUCAGCUAUAACGCUGCCAUAA